UUUAUUAUUUUUUACAUUCAACAAUUUAUAACCAAAUACAUAAACCUACUCUUUCCUUGAUUAUUUCUUUUUUUAAAGUUUAAAAAAAAUCAACUUUGCCAAAGAAAUUAUAGGCGGGCCGAGCUUGGUUAUUUAAAAACAUUCGUAAUGCGGGAAUUUCUCUAUAUUCAAAUUGUGUAGUACAGUCGGUAAUACAAAUUAAAUAUUUUUAAGCGCAUUAAAAGCACAAAUCACAUAAUGAAUAUAAUUGAUGUCACUAAAAUUAGAAAUAUACUUAUGCUAAAACAACUUUGUAACAGAAAUAAUAAUUACAUGUAACAAAGAAUGAGCGUAGUAGUGUAUGCAAUUACAGUACCAAGAACGCAAAGGCCUGUGUGGGACAUGCGCAGAACGCCACUCGGUGAAUUCCGUUACGCACUUUUUCCUCCAUUACGAGAGUCAAUCCGCAAGUGGUCAGUGGCAAAAGGAAAGGCAAAAAGCAACGCCGGACCUAAAGAAGCGGGAGAGAUAAUGUUUUAAACGUCCCGGCAAAUUCUCCCCACUUCUUGGAGGGACGCACACAAUAGAGGAACGCGUCAUUCGAUCCGGCCUGUAGUGUUACGUGCGUACGCGACGUUGAAUGAGUGACGUAACCUAAAUACAAAUAUCGCCUAUCAACGAAUAAGAUUAAUUAGAGCAUCGGUUCGUUGAAAAAACGACAGAAACAACAUUAUAAACACGUUCUUCCUUGUGUUUCCGUGUGCGUUCGUUCUGACUGAACAAAGAUUAUAACUUGGCGAGUAUCGUGUUAACAUCUCGUAAACGACCGUGGAGGGUUGUGUUCUUUGUGCUGGAGAAAAGUGCGUGCCGGUCACUUUAAUUUUUUUGCAAAGACAGCAAAAGAAUGGCGGAAGAUUGUACCGAUGGUGAUUAUUUAGGGGCAUAUAGCCGCUUUUUCACCGAAUUCGACAGGAUAAAACCGAACGAUCAGCUGCCAGUUUCAGUGGCUCCAUACAAUUUGACCAAGGGCGAGAUAGUCGGUGAGGUCGUCAACAUAACUCUACAGUACCUCAACAAGACGCAAUGUCCACCAAGUUUGCAAGCACACUUGGUUCAUCAAGUAGUACAAGAAAUCAGUUCCAUGUGCAAAAAACAACCAAAAGAUUGUGGAUUUAAAUGGGAAGAUGAAACAUAUAGUCCAUUAAGAUUAAUGCAAACUGUUAUUGCUAAAAUUAAUGAAAUAUGUACUCGCUAUCUGGACAAUAGCAGAUUGGCAUUAUUACCACCCCCUCCUUGCACACCAUUGCCACAAGUAGUAGCUGGUGGAAACAAAAAUUUUAGAAGAUCAAUGGAAGAUCGUUAUGUGGUUUUGCAUGAUCUUAAUGCCACAUUUGGUAUUCAGGAUGACUCUACAGUAAACUACUAUGCAGUAUUUGAUGGGCAUGCAGGACAAGGUGCAGCCAUUUAUUGUGCUAACCAUCUUCAUCAGUAUUUAACAGAGAAUAUAUAUUAUCCUUCUAAUCCAGAGCAAGCCUUAUAUCAAGCAUUUAAUAUCACAGACACAGAGUUUAAAGAAAAGUACAGGACACAAAAAGUAAAUGGUGGGACUACUGCAGUUUGCACUCUAAUAGUAGAUAAAAAAUUGUAUGUUGCCUGGGUUGGAGAUUCUACAGCUACAUUAAUAAAACGCGACGAUGUCGUUCAAUUGGUGAAACCUCACAGACUUCAUCGUGAAGAUGAAAGGAGAAGGAUAGAAGAAAUGGGAGGUAUAGUGAUGCAAAAAAUGGGAAUUUUCAGAGUUAAUGGAGAGUUAAGCGUGUCUAGAGCAAUAGGCGAUGUUCUUUACAAACCGUUUGUAACCGCCUCUCCAGAAACCAGUUGCGUCACUUUGGACGGCACGGAGGAUUUUCUGGUCCUCGCCAGUGAUGGAUUAACAGAUUUUGUACGACCUGCGGAAAUUGUAACUAUUCUCUACCACGAAAUUCGCCGAAAUCCGAACGGAUUGGACCGCGCUCACCACAUCCUGCUGCAGUGGGCGAAGUACGCAGGUUCGAGGGACAACAUCACGUUGAUCGUGGUCCUGUUAACCCCAGCGAGCGAGAUCGCAGCCAGGCGUGGACACUUCCAUCCGUACAUCGUUUCAAGCGUGAAUGAUAUACUGGAGGAAAUGAACUCGAAGGAUAAACCGAUGCCACGGGACAUCGAGUACGCGCAGAACGCGAUCGAGUCGAAGGUCCUGAAGCAGACGAUGAUCUCGGACCCUUGCGAUCGCGACGACGGCGAUAUAAUGGAAGCGAGCAACGGUAAACACGAGAACGGCGACGCCGAUUACGAUUACUCGGACCUGGGACCGGAAACGAACGUGGACGCCAUCGACGACGUGCCGAUGCCCGUGAAAAACCUCUCGUACGAAUUUUACAAGGACCAAGAACUCGACAAGGAGCCCAUGGACGAAUCCAACAUCGUUGCGCGUCCUGACAAUAAUUUACACGAGAAGCGCCACGAAAUUACGUCCGACGUGCUCCGCGACGAGGUCGCCGAUAAGAUCUACGAAGAAAUGCAAAACGAAGUUCGCAGAUCCUUCGAGGAGAAUGUGGAAGAGUCGAAGAAAGAGGAUCGCGUCGAGGAUUCGCGGGAUAUGGUGGACGAAGCUGGACCGAUGGAUUAUGACGACUCGCCGCCAUCGCCGCAGGCUAACAAACCUCUUCAGCAUGCGCUGAUUCAAGAAGCGGAUAAUGUAGCGGACAGCGAGGAUUCCGAGGACGAGUGGAAUUACUAUCGCGUUGAUCCUAACAAGGACAAAGACUCCGCUGAUCCCGUUGACGAGGUGCAGGAACCAAGGAACGAGGAACAAGAGAGCGAGAAACUUUCUGUGGAAGAAGCAGAGAGUCCGAAACUUCCGGUCGAAGAAGAGAAACUUCCUGUAGAAGAGGAGAUCGAGAAACUUCCUGUGGAAGAGGAGAUCGAGUCGAAAAUCCAGUCAGAGGAGGAAGAAGUUAAAUGCGAAAGUCCGAAGGAAGACUUGCACGAGCUUAUUAACACAGAGAUUAGCGCCGAGGACAAAGCAAAGGAAUCUGAAGAGGAGAAGGAGGAAGAAAUCGAAGAACACGAGGAUUCCGUAGAAGAACACGAGAAGUCGAAAACAAUGGAUUUUCCACUGAACCCUGACGCGGCUGAGUUCAUACCUAUAUCGCCGCAGUUUACCGGGACGACGAUGAAUCUGGAGGACUUCCCCGUUUCUGGCUCGCCUUUCAAGCAAGUCCCACAGAUGGACGACAUACAAGUACCCAGUCAGAGCGAGUUCGAGAAGGAGAUAUGCCAGCGACCCAGGGAGGUCGAGAACGAGGAUAAAGAAUACCAAAAUGGGGACCACGUGCAGCCAAAUAGCGACCUGGCGGACUACAUGAACGACAGACAGAAGGCAGCUAGUUUCAUCAACACCUUGGACGAUUCUGAGAUCUCGUCGACGAAAGCGGAGUACGGCGACACGUCCGUCAGCUUCUUAACGACCACAGAAUUCCACAGAACAGGUAUCUCCACGGUGGACGAGUCGUUCACGAACUCGGAGCGGGAUUAUGACAUUGCCAAGGACCCCAUGGCCAUGUCCUUUACACCUAGCGACUUCGAAGCAGCUUUCGACAACAAGGACGUCGACCUGAACGCCGUCCACGAUCUGAGCAACUCCGAUCUGGAUGAGAAGAACGACACCGUAGAGAAAGAAGAACCACCGACGAUUCAAACUGCAGAGCCACAGUUUAAAUCCACUAACAACAUUGAAUCCUCCGAGGACGAACACCCACCGAGCGAAGUGGUCCCCGAAGAUUCCGUGGAUCUCGUGAACCUUUCCUCGCAGCAAGAGGAGAGCGAUGCCACCUUCAUCGAGCACACGGAUAAGCCGCAGAUAGUCAGCGAUUUCCUAACCUUCCAAGCAGAGUCUUCCCCAAUGGAGCAGCAAGAAACGCCGAAAGACGAUCACUCUCCGUUGACAGAGAAUUACUCGGCGGAAUUCGAGUCGGAGAAGGAACCUGUUUCCGUCGAUAACGAGCAACCUCUGUCUCCUUCCAGUGCUGACAUAGACGAAACGAAGCCCAUAGAUGAGGCUAGCGAGGACGCCGCUCUUCCAAUAAUCGAUUUGCAGAAGGAAACUUCUGCGAAAGAGACAGACACACCUUCGUCGCUGUCUCCGGUUCCAGACGUGAUAGAUAGCGAGGUUCUCGCUUCGGUGGAUAGCGCAGAUGAAGCACAUGCUCCAACGCAGUGCUUGCUACACGCGGACGCUCCGGAAUUCACGCCAAAGGAACCUUACAGCUUCCGUUCGUUCGAUAUGGAAACUAACGAAGUUUGUCGAUCUCCCAUUGAAGAUGAUGUUUGUCAAAUGAGGUCAGCACAAGUUCAGGACACUUAUCAGACACCUGUUGAAAAACUCUCUGAACCUAGCUGCUUGUAUCAGCCAUAUUCUACAGAAGCUGGCAAUGUGGACGAACCUAGCCAGAAUUUGCAGCAGCUUCAUGUGGAUACAGAGCCAGAGGAAAAAGAGGAGCAGGACGUUAAGCCAGAGGUUGACGCGAAACCAGCCGAAGGAAACUUGCUGAACUUUGCCGAGGAACAACAAGUUUGCGCGAAGAGUCCAGUAGAGCCCGAGUUAACGCCACCAAUUUCUCCUCGCGAAGAGGUGAAAUCACCGCAGAUGGAUGAUCUUGUUUGUCCUAUUCGGUCUGUCGAACAGAAACCCGAAGCUCCUAUUGAAUUCGUCGAACAGGAACCCGAAGCUCCUGUUGAACCCAUCGAACAGAAACCAGAAGUUCCUGUUGAACCCAUUGAACAGAAACCUGAAGUUCCUGUUGAACCCAUCGAACAGAAACCUGAAGUUCCUGUUGAACCUAUCGACCUGAAACCAGAACUACCUGUUCAACCUGCCGAACAGAAACCCGAGGAAGUCGAGCCAAAGGAAGAGGGUCCAAUGGAAGCAGACAUCCUAGAAGUUAAACCCGAGGAAGAAAUUGAACCAGCGAAAGAGGCUGUUCUAAACUUGUCCGCAUCCAUGCAGGAAUUCACAGGGUUGGAGAACGAGUUGCGACCCAAAGCAGAAGAAGUCGUUGAACCUUGCGUUGUACCGCAGGAAGUUCAGGAGGUACCGAAGGAAGAGGAAUUGAAAGAGAAGAUUGAGCCAGAGAAGCCUGUAGAACCAAUAGUCGUGGAAGAGGAAUGUAAAGUGGAGGAAAAGAAAGAGGUUGAAGAAGUUCCUUCGUUGAUGAAGGAGCCUGAAAUAGAGAAGGCAGUGGAAGCCGUAGAAACUGUGCAAGCUGUGGAAGCUGUGGAAGAACCUGCAAAAGUGGAAGCUCCAGAAAACAAAAUCGCAGAGACAGCGGCAGCUGCAGGAGCAGCUGCGACCGCGGUAGUCGUUGCAGCAGCCGCUACUACCAUGCAGAGCAAAGCGAAAUCCAAAACCGCAACGAAACCCGCAAAAACAGCAACUUCAAAGACGACCACACCUAAAUCUACACCAACGUCUCCAUCGAAAGCUGCGAUUUCCUCGACAAGAAUGUCCACCGCGACAGCGAAGAAGUCGACAACCACGGCGACUCGUCCGAAGGACCUAGACGCCCCGAAGAAGUCGACAGUUUCGAGCACCACUUUGAAAACAUCCACUCCGAAGCCCGCUGCUAAAACCACCACCCCGGCUUCCACGCCAAAAGCGACCACCAGGACAAGCACCGGCGCAGCUACGAAACCAAAACCCGCGCCGACUACUGCGAAAACGUCCACCACGGAGAAAAAGGCUACGGCCAACGGCGACGUGAAACCUCUGAGCAAACCAGCCGCCGCCAAACCUGCGAGCAAGGCGGCACCAGCCGCGACGAAGACGACGCUGACCAAAUCGUCGACCACGCGAACGUCCACGGGAACGACGACAUCCAAACCGAGACCCGCUACCGCCACCACGACCACCAAAACCAACACUACUGCCAAAUCCAGCACGACGACAACGACCACCUCAAGUAGCGCCAGACCUAAAACAGCACCGUCCGCGGGCAGCACGACAAAGACGACUCGCAUGUCCACGUCGAAGGCUCCCAUGAUCGACAAGCAGGUGAAGGAAACGGCCAACAAACAGAUCUCCAUGGCACGCACGAGCACCGUCACUAAAUCACGCGUGUCCAACAGCACAACCACCACCACGGCGAAACGCGUGUCCUCAACAACGAAAACCACCACGGCAGCAUCCCCGAUCAAGAAGACCUCGGUGACAAAAGUGUCCGGAAAAACGUCCACGGGCGCCAAGACGCCCACCGAGAAAGCAAAGGUCCUUCAGAACGGUGUGUCCGAGAAAGUAGAAAUGAAUACGAUCAUCGACGACGUGCCCAAGAAGGAUCUCUCUCCUGUAAUCGCCCCCAAUGAUAACCAGCUGAUCAUGAUCUCCGAUUGAGUUCUGGGCUCCGUUCGAUCUUUAGUUUUUAUGUUGAUCGUACGUGUGUUGCUCGCCGAUAAAAAACGUCAUUCAUUUCGCGAUGUAGGAGCAUGAGGAUCCACUAAGAAGUAGUUGAUUAGGGAUUAUAUAACGAAUCGGAAGAAGUUUUUACUAUAAUUAGCGUAAACUAUGAAAUAUAAUAUAUUAAUGUGUAUAUGUACCAGUUAAAAGUAACGAAUCCGUUUAUAUCUGUAUUGGCGGGGAGAGAGAGUGAGAGAGAGCGAAAGGAUGCGAACGAGUGAAAGAGAGGGAGAGAAUGCGCGCGUAAGAAAGAAUAUAAUCUAAAAAACAAAAAGAAAAUAUGCAGGGUGUAUCCUCUAGGAUUAACCAUCGUUUUACGAGCGUUCCGGCGAUCAGAAAUCUUCUGAACCGUCUUUUGAGCUUUGGGCCUUGAAUCGUUAACAUGGAAAAUUAUUUUAUUUCAAAGAUUGCGAAAAUAGGAGUAAGAUUACGUAUACGAUUUUAGAGUUUGAGGAACUUGGAAAUUUAACUUCUAAAUUUAGGAAUUUGGAGGAAGAGAAAAUUUCUUGAUGUUUGAAAACUUGGGAAUGUUGAUAUGGAACAUUAUUUUACUUCGAUCAAAUUAAUCAAUCAAAAUAUCAGAAAAGGAACCAAUUACUACUACGUUUAUUGUAAUAAAAUAAUUUUUCAUAUUAACAUUUCAUUUGAUCAAACAUUAGUCAUCUCAAGGCCAAGUACAUUUUUAAUAACCAGAUGCAUAAUAACCAGUGUUCAGAACCUUUCUUAAGUGACGAAUGCUCGAAAAAUGUUGGUUAAUUUUAGAGGAUACACCCUGUAAAUAUUUUAUCGCUUUUGACUGCUUCGGUCGUCUGGAAGAAAAAAGAAAUGGGGUGUCUCGCUGGAAGAAAAGAUAUAUCUGAUUGGGGAUGCAAGCAUAUAACGAGAGAGAGAAAAAAAAAUAUCGAGAUUGUUUUUGUAAAUAAAUUGGACGCGUUUCCAAGUGGUCUCCGUGAUUCGUCGGAGAUGUCCAGGUGGUGCUGUAACUGGCCUGUAAAAACAACAGACACGCAGAAAGAAACAGGUCCAACGGAAAGAUAAAAUGAUAAAAAAAAGGAGAGGAAGGAAGAGGAAGAA